CCUUCCUUGAUCAAUCGAAGACAUGGAGGGAGGCUUAUAUAAAUGGGAGUUAUCGGCAGUCUUAACGUUCAUUCUGCAACUCAAGCCAUGCCUAAUAGACGAGUAGCCUACAUCUAAAUUAUAUGCGAUUUUUAUAUUUAGUUUGAGGCGUAGGAGAUUGUUUAAAAAGAAAUGGGGGAUACAGUAGCAAUACUCGUUGCCCUGGCGUUCCUUUUGAGAGUGAACGGGGAAGCCCCCCUCGUCGGAUACUGCAUGGGGAAGCAGUGCUUUGCCGUUUUCCAGGACCAAGCUAACUUUGGAACUGCUCAAAAACGUUGUGAGGAAAAUAAUAAUGGAUAUUUAAUGACAGUUCGAUCUUUGAUAUCACAUAGCAUCCUUUUAAUAUUACUUGGUAUUCAUACAGGAGAUUAUUGGAUUGGUUUACAUUUAGCAAGCGGGCAAUGCCCCGAACAAGCAUCGUUUUUACGAGGGUACAGGUGGAUAACUGGAGAUAAUGAAACCAAAUUCCAGAACUGGGGGCGCUUUGAAGAUGUCUGUUCUUCAAAAUGUAUUUCGGUAUCAAAAUACGACUUUGUGUGGAAGGAACAACCAUGCGAAAGUAAAGUAGAUGGAUAUAUUUGUGAAUAUAAACUUGACAGUCCCUGCCAACAUGUAAUUGUAAAAGGGGACGAAUCAGUUCUGUAUGAGACUCCGUUGGGAUUCAAGGGAGAGAACCUACUGACAUUACCCCUCGGAACCACUGCAACGCUCAAAUCCAUCGGGUCGAAGUAUAUCUGUCUAUCUGAACAGUGGCUACAAGCACCGUGGAGUUGCGAGGUAUUCAAAGGUGGCUGUGCGCAUGACUGUUCCUCAGUUAAUACUAAACCUGUAUGCACCUGCCCACUUGGAAAAACUCUCCAGGACAAUAACGUCACAUGUGAAGAUGCGCAAAAUGACCCCUGCCUUGACUCAGGAUGCGCACAUCUCUGCCAAAGAAAAGAUGACAGCUACACUUGCAUGUGUCAGCAUGGGUAUGCACUGGCAGAAGAUGGGAAGGAGUGCAAAGACAUUGAUGAUUGUAUCGAUAACAGACAGUGCCCUGGACAUAACAUUAAGUGUGUCAAUACUGUUGGUGGAUUUAAAUGCGAAUGCCAUAAGGGAUAUGUGUUUGAAAAUGACAAAUGCGUCGAUGAAGAUGAAUGCUUCAUGGGUCCAUGUGACCACGAAUGCAGAAACACAAUAGGCAGUUACAAUUGCUCCUGUUGGGAUGGAUUCAUAAGAAUGGCCGAAGACACCAACCGGUGCCAAUUUGUUUGUUUAGCCGAGUGUUCCCCAGAAUGUGACCCAAGUAAACCACAUCAUUGCAACUGUCCAAAUGGUUACAUACUCGAUGACAAAAAUGGGAAGUCAAUUUGUGUUGACAUAGAUGAAUGUGAGAUGGAUGAGUGCCAUCAUAAUUGUACAAAUACGUAUGGAGGUUACCUGUGUUCUUGUGAUGAGGGAUUCGACUUGGUUGGUUUAAAUGAUUGUGUUGAGAGAGAACCGUCAAAUGUUUCAGGUUUUACCAUACCAUUUACACCAUUUGUUAAGCAUCCAACUGAGCGCCCUUCCACUGUAAAGGCUGGGGGUCUUCUUGGAAUUAUAGUAUGCAUUGUCAUUGUUAUUUUAGUGAUGGUUGUACUUAUUCACCUGAUACUAAAACGUCGAGGUAAUUUAGACAUUGCUUUCGAAAGCCAAGAUUUUGGUAAUCACGAUUUGCAACAAGUCACAAUGGAUAAGUACAAAACAUUAUCAUUUGACAGACAGUAGAUAUAGGACAAUCAAUAUUUUGUUGGAUAACUUUGUCAUUUUCAUUGUCAUGACCUUUUUACACGUCUGCAAAGGAGAAUCAGAUGUUUGAAUGUUUUAUAUUUUUUAUUUCAUACAGUUGUAGUAAACCUAUCAUAAAUGUAAUGGCUCCAUAAGCAUCUCAUUACUGAAAAUGCAGACCUGUCGAAGUAACCAAUACAAAGUAGGCCUAUAACUUGCAAAUGAUAAUUUCUUCUUUCAUAUAUACACUACCGUUCAAAAGUUUGAGGUCACUUAGAAAUGUCCUUGUUUUUGAAAGAAAAGCACAUGUUUUGUCCAUUAAAAUAACAUAAAAUUGAUCAGAAAUACAGUGUAGACACCAAACUUUUGAACGGUAGUGUAUAUUAAAUUGUCAUUAUUUGUAGGUCUUUUACGUUCUCACCACAAUACCCAAUCUUUUGUGAAGUGUGACCCCUUGUGGACUCUGAAAGAGGUUGCUUUCUGAUGACGCUUAUUUAUCCUUAUCGCUUAAUAGUCAGCCCUUUUUCUUUGACUAUAGCAGAGUUUCCAAUCAAUUGGCAACAGAUUUUCGUGUGAAUAUUCUAGAAUCUGCAUAAGGAAAAUAUCUGCAUUUUCCCACUAAUGGUAUUUUACCGCCUGCAUUGCUUACUGUUUGGGGUUUUAGGCUGGGUUUCUGUACAGCACUUUGAGAUAUCAGCUGAUGUAAGAAGGGCUAUAUAAAUUCACUUGCCUGGCCAAUUGUAAGCCGCCCUAUGGGACUCCCAAUCACGGCCGGUUGUAAUACAGCCUGGAAUCGAACCAGGGUCUGUAGUGAUUUGAUCUCAGUGCUAGAGGCGUCACUACAGACUUCUGCUGUGGCUGCAUCACAGUAAAUGCUGUACAGCCACAGCAGAUGUUGGAUUGACCAUGCAGAGCCUUUAAGGCUAAUGCCAUCACUCCAGUCCUCGAGUAAGCACAGCAGUACACAGUUUUAUUGUAGCCCAGGACAAGUACACCUGAUUCAACUUGUCACUUAAUGAACGGUGCAGAAUUAUUAUUUUUACUACAGAUGGCUACAUUGGUCCAGUAAUGCAGGACUAUUAAAGGCCCAGUGCACUACUUUUGUAAAAAAAAACAUAUGUAUUACUAUUUUUUAUUUAUUCCGAUUUUUUAGGGGGUGCUUUAGCACCCUCAGGACCCCUACUUCCUGCUGAUAUGGGUUAUUAUAUCAAUAUUUG